CUCUUCUCCCUCAACACAGCUGGUCUUACCAGUACAAGCAGGUGGCAGCUGAGAGUCCCCUCUGGUGGCCAGCAGUGGCUACAGAGCUGUCACCAUGGGGAGGGGACAGGGCUUGCUGGGUUGGCCUCGGUCUACCUCUCUGGAGAAUAGGCAGAGUUUAGGGAGCUUGAACCACCUGGUCUCCAGGCCCCACUGGGGAUGGGCCUGGCUUCCUGACCACUGACCUCAGCCUAGGAGGAACAGAAGAGACUGGGGGAGACCAUGAGGCCCAGAUGACCUUGACCCAGGGUACGCUGCCCCAUGUCCCUGCUGCCUCCUGCCCACAGCUCUACGAGAGGCAGGUCUGUCAUUCACCGCUGGACUUUGACAGUGGCCAAAGGCUCUGCUCAGUUCUCUGUGCCUGUCUCCGUCCAGCACUGCCGAGGUUCUCUGCCGAGGCCAACUAGGAAUAUCCUUUGGAAGCUGGAACCCGGCAACAAUGGCCCAGGGUGUCCUCUGGAUCCUGCUCGGAUUGCUACUGUGGUCAGACCCAGGGACAGCCUCCCUGCCCCUGCUCAUGGACUCUGUCAUCCAGGCCCUGGCUGAGCUGGAGCAGAAGGUGCCUGCUGCCAAUGCCAGCCACACAGCUUCUGCGUGGCUGCUGUCAGCCUCAAACUCUGGCCCCCACAAUCACCUCUAUCACUUCCUGCUGGGAGUGCAGAGCCUCGAUGCUGCAGAGUUGGAUCCCUACCCACUGAGCCCAGAGCUGCAAGGCCUGACCAAGGCGGUGGCCCAACAUGACGUACGAGAAGGGCGGGAAUACGGGGUGGUGCUGGCACCCGAUGGCUCGACUGUGGCUGUGGAGCCUCUGCUGGCGGGGCUGGAGGCAGGGCUGCAAGGGCGCAAGGUCAUAAACUUGCCGUUGGACAGCACGGCUGCCUCUCAGGAGGCUGGAGUCACCUUUCCAGAUGUUGUGGCCAUUGCUCCAGGUGUAAAAGCCACCUCCUCCCCAGGACUCAGGGAUGCCUCUCCAGAUGUCACCACUGCAGAUAUUGGAGCCAACUCUCCAGAUGCUACAACAGGUUGUCCAGAUGUCCAAGCUUCCUUGCCAGAUGCCAAAGCCAAGUCCCCCCCGACCAUGGUGGACAGCCUCCUGGCAGUCACUCUGGCUGGAAACCUGGGCCUGGCCUUCCUCCAGGGUCCCCAGACCCAGAGCCAUCCAGACCUGGGAACUGAGGGCUGCUGGGACCAACUCUCUGCCCCUCGGACCUUUACUCUCCUGGACCCCAAGGCAUCUCUGUUAACCAUGGCCUUCCUCAAUGGUGCCCUGGAUGGGGUCAUCCUUGGAGACUACCUGAGCCGGACUCCUGAGCCCCGACCAUCCCUCAGCCAUUUGCUGAGCCAGUACUAUGGGGCUGGGGUGGCCAGAGACCCAGAGUUCCGCAGCAACUUCCGACGGCAGAAUGGGGCUGCUCUGACUUCAGCCUCCAUCCUGGCCCAGCAGGUGUGGGGAACCCUUGUCCUUCUACAGAGGCUGGAGCAGGUACACUCCCAGCUUCAGUGCAUAAGCCAAGAACAGCUGGCCCAGGUGGCUGCCAAUGCUACCAAGGAGUUCACUGAGGCCUUCCUGG